AUUAUUUUUACGGAUAUCAUGUCUUUUUAUUAAAAAAUCGUUUAAAAUGUCGGAUUAUGGGAGAGAUGACGGGAACAGAUAUGACUUUGAUGAACCAACAUUAGAAGAUGAAGACUUUUUACCGUUGCCAGAUGAGGGAAUUGAUGAGAGUUUAGAUGAGAUAAAUGAGGAGGAGAUUGGUGGGACGAUGGGGGAAAAUGGUCCGGGUGACCAUGAAGUGGAUAUGAUGGAGGGUAAUGAGUCGAGAACCAGGUUUUCAGGAAGCCGAGGAAAAGGAAAGGCAGUUCUUCCAGAAAACAGGGUGACGACGCCGUAUAUGACGAAGUAUGAGAAGGCGAGAAUUUUGGGUACACGUUCUCUUCAAAUAAGUAUGAACGCACCGGUAUUAGUAGAUCUAGAGGGGGAGACCGAUCCUUUACAGAUUGCUAUGAAAGAGCUAAGUCAAAAGAAAAUACCAUUACUUGUUCGAAGAUAUCUUCCGGAUGGGAGUUAUGAAGAUUGGGCAGUAAGCGAAUUAAUUACAGAGUAAAUGAUGAUAUUUAAGGAAAAAAAAACAGAAUGUAAUAUAGAAAGAAGAAGUUGAAAAUAGGAAAUUGUAAAUAAAUAAAAGGAAUGCAUGGUU